AUGAUUAAAAAUAUCUUCAGUGAGUAUCUGAAGUCGCAUGAGGGGCGACGGAAGGACCAACAGGCGCUCAGCAACGUUGCGAGGGAUUACUCGAACAACUACACCUCCGACUGGCGCUGGUUUAGCAUCAAGUGCGAGCGGAUAAUUGAAAACGAGAUGCAAAAAAAGUCCCUGCGUGAGGAAGACAGGAAGAGGAAGCCUUACAGCACCUGGGUGAAGGAGGCCUAUAAUCUCUCGACCUUCAGGUCCUUCUUUCCAAAAACCCUCCUCAAGGUUUACAGCCGAUGUGAUGACCCGAACAAGUUUUUUUCUAAACUUGUUAUCCAGAAAUUCGAUGCCGUCGUGUUCUUCUGCGACGCGAGCGGAUUCUCCAACCUGGCAGAGCAGCUAGACAAGCGAAUCAAUGGAACGGAGCUUCUAGGAAAUUGCCUGAACAAGUUUUUUAAUAUCCUCAUCAAGAUUAUAGACUGUUGGGGUGGAGACAUAAUUAAGUUCAGUGGCGACGCUGUGUUGGUCAUUUGGCCUCUGCGGCGGGGCCACAGGGGAGAAGCGGAGAAAAAGUCCACAGGGAGCGUCACGGGGAGCGUGGCAGCGCACAUGGAAGAGUCGAUCGAUGGGGUCAAACAAGCUGAGAGAGCCAAAACAGGCAGGACAGCCAAAACAGCCAAACCAACCGCAUCCCCUGCAACUUCCAACCCUUCUGGGGAAGGGACCCACCCGCAAGACAACUCCGACUACUACCCAUCCGACACCACGACACCCAACGGAGAGACAAUCGACGGAGAGAAAAGGAAAAACCAAAAGGAGAAAAAUGUGAAGAAAAUAUGCCUCCUCGCCCUGGGAUGCUGUGUAGACAUACAUAAACUGCUAAACAAGUUCCCGACGCCGAUCGAAAAUAAAUACCUUAAGGUUCACAUCGCAAUAACGUACGGUAAAGUCAGCUUUCUCCAGUUGGGGAACAUACUGAACAAGAGAGACUACCUCCUCUCUGGGAAACCUCUGGAAGAAAUAGGAAUCGCUGAAUCUCUUGCUAGAAAUGGAGAGAGUGUCAUAUCUCAAAGGUUUUACGAAAAGGUGAAGGAUAAAAUUCUGGUGAAGGAAACGCCAAAGAAGAAGUUCCUCCUUUUCGUUAAGAUGAAAGAGGAGAUAGACAUGCGCCAGAUGAAGCGGGAAUACGAGCAGGAGGACGAGUGGGACGUCCCAUCGGGAGAACUGUCAAGAGGACUCUCUAGAGAACUGUCUAGAGAAGAGCCUAGAGAAGAGUCUACAAAACAGCCCAGAGAAGCCUCUAGAAAAAAGUCUACCGAACAUCCUAGCGAAGUGCUCAAUACGUUGACAACACGCAGACAAAGCAGGUACGAUCCAGAUGAGACCCCCCUCGCACACGAGCACUUCUGCUUCUUGCUGAAAAGUUUCAUCCCAGACAUAGUCUAUCGAAAAAUGUCCAUCGGUUGCAACAUCUUUCUUAACGAAAUCAGGAAGGUCACCAUAAUCUUCCUUUCCGUGAAAGACAUAGACACCUCUACGAUGAUCGGGGUCUACUCUGCACAUGGGAUUAUGAAGCUAACACAGAAGGCCGUGUUCACGAUGGAGGGUACCAUUAACAAAUUCAUCUACGACGAUAAGGGCAUUCUCAUCCUCAUCAUGUUUGGUCUCCCCCCGCUGUACCACUGUGACGAUUCGGUGAGGGCUCUGCUGACUUGCUUCCGCCUGAUAGAUGCUCUGAAAUCUCUCAAGCUGAAUGGCAGCAUCGGUAUCUCCACUGGAAGAAUAUGGUGUGGAAUCAUAGGGAACAAAAUCAGGAAAGAGUACACUGCACUAGGUGACUCAGUCAAUGUUGCUGCCAGACUUUGCUGCAAAGCUGGGAACAAAGAGAUCUACGUGGAUGAGAACACCUUCAACGGAUGCAAGCAUUUUAUCUCGUUUCAGAAGCUCAUCUCCAUUAAAGUGAAGGGGAAGAACAAACUCAUUAAGAUUUACUCGCCCAUAGGAACGAUCAAUAGGGGGUCUCCUCAGCUGGGCUUGGAGGAGGGGGCCGCGCAUGGCUACUUCACCGAUGAGGAGUUGCAGGGGGUAGCGCAUGGCUACUUUACCGACGAGGAGUUGCAGGCGGUCGCGGAGGAGCUCUCCGAGGAGGGGGAGCCACAAAAAGGAAGCGAUAAGAGGACACAACGGGGGAGUGGAAGCGGAACCGAUAAGUGUACACAACGGGAAAGAAGCCUCGGUGCAGGGCGUGAAGACGAGGUAGGCUCCCGUGGGGGGGCCCGGGACGAGCGCAACGGCCACAUCGCCGAGGAUGGUACAGAUGCCACCCAACCUCCCGACCUCAACGAAGUGAUCGACUUCUCCUUCCUAAACAGGAACUACCUCCUGCGCUACUACGAGCGCACCCUCCGCCGCAGGAUCAAGCGCCUUCUGGGGAAGAAGGACUGCCUCUACUACUUGAGGCAGUGCGAGGAGGGCGCCGGCGCCACGUGGAAAGAGAGGUGCCAACCCGACACGCAAGCUGCCUACCAGGGCGACACGCAAACUGCCUACCGGGGCGACCCGUACGGCCAAAUCAAGACCACUACCCCUCUGGACUACAACACCCACACAGGACCGCUCCUCUUGCACGAGUACUACGACCCCCUCUACUGCGACUUCACCCAAAUGUAUAACACAGGCGGAGUGCUCUUCCUCCAGGGAAACGAACAUCUCGGAAUCUUCGAAAUUAUUACCCUCAUCUCGAGGAAACUAAGUAACUUCAAGUCAUUCAAAAUUAGUAACAUGCCGAAUUCUCUCUAUAUCAAUGUAACGAACCCGCUGCUUCCCUGGAAAAUGCUCUGUAACGACAUGCUUCACCUAUGGGGUGCUUGUCAGAUGAGGAAGCAAAAUACCUUAAUUAGAAAUGGAGACAACUACAACUUGCUUCGCGAAAUCACGCACCCCUCAUACCAUUGGUUUUUUAAGUGCAUGUCUAGUGUCGUGGACGAUUUAGUCAUCCCGUAUUGGGGACACUCAAAUGGGAAAGGGGAGAAGCAGAAGGAGAAGCAAAAGACAGGAGCUCGUUCUAAUCAGACUGGAGCAGUGCUGCUGUCUACGCAUCAACCCACAGACAAAGACACCGAUCGGACGAGAAGGAAGAAGAAAAAGAGCAACAUGUGCAGCCUGAUUCUAACCGCCAUCGACCACCUCUUCAGUAGUUCCACGCAAGAGACGGGGCGCCGCCCUGGACCGUUUCCUAGCCUGGGCCUCGCGGCGCCCAGGGAAGCGUCUCACCGGGCGGGGAACAAGGCCGAAACGAAGACUCUUCCUCAAACGGUUCCUAAAUGGGCCGGGCAAACCGCUUCCCAAAGCGUCGCUCAAAUCGCCGCUGAAGCCAUCCCACCCGGGAGUUACCGCUGCGCAGAGGCGUACCCCCUAUUCAAGGCAAACGCGAAGGACAACCGAAUGGGGAUCAUCAGCUCCAUGGUAUAUUAUUUCUCCCUGCACGAGUACACUUUCAUCGUCUUCAACUACCGAGCGGGCACCUCCCUAAACGUCAUGCGUGACGAGAGUGCGUGGCAGAUCUGCAAAAACAUUGCCAAACUGGCUAUGUAUAAGCGAGGCAAAAUUUUAGACAGCAUACAGAGAGAGGUCAAACACUGGAGGAGGAACCACUGCAGGGGGUGUAACUACUGUAAGGGAGUUCCCCAUGUGGGAAGUAGCCAUCCCUUCGCCGGGAAUGAUGACCAUAGCUUAGCUACCCCGAGUGAAAGCUACGAUUUUGGGCAGAGAAACCACUCAUCUGCCAGCACACACACACGAAGUGGACAGCCCUCCCACGAGGAAGAGAACAAAGCACUAUCUUCGCGUAACAGCGAGGAGGAAACAGGCAGCCACGGCCAAAGGCAUAGCCAUUUAAGCAGUGAUUGUCGUGGUCGUGCCUACGAAGCUAUUACCCCAUCCGGGGGAGAAACAGAAAGGCACGUAAACAAGUCAGGCAACCUCGGAGACAUCAACAUAGCGCAGAUGUUCAGAGAGGAGCGGGAUAAGCAACCCCAAGGACUCAACAGAAGGUUCUACAAAACCUUGAUCCCAAACAUAAAUGACGACAUACUUCUCUACGUCGCUGAGCAGAAGAUGAGGGAGCAGCCGGAGGGGAGAGGUCGUCACAUACUGGGGCAUGCAGGCGCAAGUCAAAUGGAUUAUGCACCCAAUGGAGGAGUUCCAUAUGACACCACACGUGUGGAGAAGCACCUCACCAGCAGGACGGUCUACUCCAUGCAGGAGAAUAAAUCCCCCCUGUGUGAUCCCAUCUUCAAAGGAAAACACAAACCGUUAAUCUUCCUAUUCGUAAAUGGCAUGAAAAACGAUGACAUAAAAAUCAGAGCCAUACGGAAGAUAAAAAAAUAUGCACAACAGUGCAACGGAUACUUAAAGCUGGAGGAACUAAGUAGAGAAAGAUUAUUCGAUUUUGUAAGUCUAUGUUUACAUGUGAAGAAGGACGAGUUAAACGAGGAGCUAAUCGAUUAUCUCCAUAAGACAUGCUUCGGGAUCCCUAAGUUUGUCCAGUAUACUCUCUUCUACCUCUUAACAAAGAAGUACAUAAAACUAUACAGAUGUGCAUACCCCGUUAAAUCGAGUGAUCCUGUUGGUGAAGCACCUAACCAAAGGGACACCUCAAUUGGGGGCAGCGGCACAGAUCAACAUUCACCAAUAAGUGGAUUCGCUUCAAACCCUGGGAAGGGCCCCAUGCACAAGGAGGGUUUCUACUCUGUGGGUAGCACCACAGACGCAGGCUCCACCAGCGCACACGACCCCACUUCGUACACCUACAUCAAUGAAGCAACCAAGCAGAUCAUUAGGCAUCAAAAUGGGUUCCGAAACUUCCAGUUCUGUGAUGAUAGCGGGAGUGAUGCAAACGGCAGUCAUGCAAACGGCAGUCAUGCAAACGGCAGUCAUGCAAACGGAAGUCAUGCAAACGGAAGUCAUGCAAACGGUAGUGAUGCUAACGACAGCCAAGAGGGACAACUCGGUGUCAAUCGAGACGCCUCUCUCAGGGGCCCACCUUCAAAGGAAAAGGAUAAUCCAACCGGAACUCAUCAGAAGGGGUACAAGUACAGGAUAACAGUAGUACGCGAUUUGAAUUCGGCUCCCUUGGUUCCACGUCUGACCGCCCACUGCAUGUCCCUGAUCGAUAGCCUUAACCAGGAGGAGCUCCUCUUGGCCAAGCUAUGUUCCUUCUUCAAGCAAAAAUUUAACAUAAAGAAAAUGAAGUGCAUAUUCCCCAGAUAUAUUUCUCUAUCCGAAUUGAAAAGAAUAAUUAGGGAUCUCAUAAAGAAGAGCGUCUUCCAGCUAUGCGAGGAGAACAGAGCGAACCAAGUGCCAACGGACGAUGUGAACUCCAUACACAACAUCAAUUUUGUGUACAGGGAUAUCUACAACCUUAUAAAUGACAUCACUACGAGAAGGCACAAGCACCAUUCCCUGUUCAGUAGGAACUCCGCGAUCUCAGACGAGGAAUCGUUCUUCUGCAUAGUGAAUUUUUCCCUCAAGAAGGUGCUGAACGAUUUGCUCGAGAACGAAGAAAAAAAAUACAUCCAAAAAAUAUACAAAAAGUACUUGGACGAGUAG